ACGUUGUGUACACUGCAUGUAUUAUGAGAGCAUAUUUAUAUUCAAAUUCAUCCAUGAUAUGGUCCGAUUAUUAGAAAUAUUUUUGUAUGGGGUUGAGCAUGCUGCUCCCGAACGGACACAUUCAGAAACUGCAAUAAUAAAAGCACUAAAUUAAUCAGUAGUGCAGUAUGACAGUAAUAACAGUGCUACUAGUAUUGUGUGCUGUUGGCUCCAGUGUAAUUAACGCCAAUCUCGCAUUUACUGUGAAACCAAACGUCAAUUUUGUAUUUAUUUUAUUUUUGUUUAUUGUUUACUGUUGAUGACCCCCUAAAGCGAUUGUUUUCGUUGGUUUCAUACUUAUAUAUAUAUUUUUAAAUGUGUCUGGGGAUGAAACUGUUUAAUUUGAUCGUUGAAUGUAGCAGAAACAAAAUAAUAAUAAUAAUAAUAAUAAUAAUAAUUAAACAAAUUUGGCCCUUCUUGCGAUUUUACGACUUCUUGUGUAAAUAUCCGGUUUAGCGGACGUCGGAUGUCGUCAUAACGUCAAACGCAAAGCUGCCUUUCCGCAAGAGCGUGAAAGAAUACCAAAGAGUUCUCAGAAGAGCUCUGCAUCCCGACACAUUCCCUCCUCCCACCGGUGUCCAGUCUCGCAGGCCAGUAUGUCCAGCGAUCCUCCUCCGCCAUACCCCGGCGGUCCUAGUGCUCCCCUCAUCGAGGAGAAAAAUGGACAAGCAGGUUCUGCAAGGACAGGGCCCCCGCAGGGUCAACCUCUACCUCCAGACUACGGCCCACCCCCGUAUGAAGGCCCACACCCGGGCUUCCUCCCUCCACACGUCCCCGGAGAUGGGCCCAUGCCCAUGCCCAUGCCAAUGCAUAUGCCCCCGCCACCCCAAGUUGGCGCUUACCCGCCACACGGCCACUUCCCGCACCCCAUGCCCGGCCACAUAGGCCCCGGCGGUCCCGGCCCCUUCGUGCACAUGGGGGGCCACACGGCGACCACCGUCAUGGCCCCGCCGGGCGGCGCCACUACGGUGACGGUGCUGCAAGGCGAGAUGUUCCAGAUGUCGCCGGUGCAGACUGUUUGUCCGCACUGCCAGCAGGCAAUCGUCACACGCAUCUCCCAUGACGUGGGCCUCAUGAACACCCUCUUCUGUCUCUUCUGCUUCUUCGUGGGGUGCGAUCUGGGCUGCUGCUUGAUUCCUUGUCUGAUCGACGACCUGAAGGAUGUGACGCACAGCUGCCCUUACUGCAAGGGCUACAUCUACACAUACAAACGUAUAUGCUAACCACCACUGACGCCCGCUCGCAGUGCCACGCUUUUUUUCCUUUCUCCCCCGUCUCAGCCAUUACGUUUGCAACUUUUUGACCUCUUAAUUUGUCUUUUUGAAACCAGUUAAGUAUGUCAUAGAUAUCCUUCACCGCAUAAGUUCUUGCAGAAGUUCAACAGGCUGCAUUUUUUCUCCUCUCCUAUUUUGUCGGGAAAGUGAAGGCUUGUCACGAUGUUACAUGUGUAAGUGAAGAAGUUUUUUGUAGGGAAAGGCUGUGAAACUGGUCACUUUAUUUGAACUGAUCUGUAAAUAUGGCAUGAAGCAAGCUGGGUUUAGUCUUUAUUUCCUGUCCUAUUUAUCUAGAGUAUUUUAAGGUUUGUUUUAACAUGUCCAUCUUGAAGAUUGUGAACAUUUGUGUCUGUCACUUUGACUUCUUUUCCGAUCCCUUCUUGAAUGUGAAUAUUCCCAUCUUGAUGUGUGCAUUUGCUUUUUUUGCUUUUUAAGAGUCAUUUUAAUUUUUAAUCUGCCGGGCUUCUUGCAGUAUGCACAAUGACAGUUGAGCUGUUUCCCUGUUCAUGAUGUACUUUAAGAAAAAAGACAUUUGCACUUUAGAGAUAAAUUACCCUCCUUGGAAAAACCUAGUCAUUAAAGUUGAGGCUUCUUCCGGCUUUGAUCUCAAUGAAUCCCUCCGUAGGUGCACUUAAGUUGAAGUUAACUGUUACCGGUGUGAAAAUCUGAUCUCACCAAGAUUGUAUCGUCACCUGUACUGUCGGCCGAAUGUUUUGCCGCCGCCGCCGCCGCCUCAGCGAACGGGUCGUUUUUGACAGACGAGAGAAUGUUGGAGAACAAGUUACGUUACCGUCACGCUCAUUCGAAUAUGAAAAAGCAUGUUAAAAAUAGGAAAAAGGCUGCCAUAAUGUGAUUAUAUCCUAGCCACAGAGUUGCAUAGUAAUGAUGUAUUCAGAUUUGAAACAAUUCUUCAUCGACAGCAUGCCCCCAUGAGUAGCUCACUACUUUGCAGAUAAUGCGCAUUUAAAUAAAAAAAUGUGAAAUAACGCCAUGACUAAAUGUGCAUUUAAGUUGCAUUUUUGUUCCCAGGCUUGCAAAACUGUGCAACUAAUUUAAAAAAAAAAAAAAUGUUUUAUUACAAAGUACUGUAUGCCAUUAUGGUGGUAAAUUUGCCAGUCUGCAUUGCUCUCUCCAUGUUUUUAAUAUGUAUAACGACGUAAAUCAGACUUGUUUGAAGGUUGUAUAUAGGUACUAUUUUAUCAAUAAAAAUUAAGUACAUCAC